GGUUGUUUCCCCCUGAGACAGACAGACAGACGCUGGUCUCCAGACUCUACAGAACACAGUUGUCUUCCCUCCACGGAUCAAGCCCUAUCUGACUGAGAGACAUGUCCUCCUCCUCUCUCCUGUGGUGCCUGCUGGUGGUGUGUGUUCUGACUGUGGUCCAGAUCUAUGCAGCAGAGGAACCUAAAGUCCUCAAGGUGUUCAACCUCCAUGCCACUGACCUGCACAGCAGCCUGCUAGGGACCCCUGAUGCCUACGUCGAGGUGUUCAGAGCUUACGGCUUUCUCGGGAGGACAGAGGUGAAGAACAACAACCGUAACCCCAGCUGGAAGGAGGAGUUCAGCUUCCUCAACGCCCGUGAGAACAACAUCUUGAGGUUGGAGGUGUACGACAGCGACAUCAACUCCGACGACCUGCUGGGGACCUGCGAGCGCUCCAUCAAGAUCGGAACUUGGCAACAUCAAUGUUUCCUAAAGACAGGCGGGAUCCUGAACUACUCCUACACCCUAGAGCCUCUACAGUAGACCCUGUACUACUCCUACACCCUAGAGCCUCUACAGUAGACCCUGUACUACUCCUACACCCUAGAGCCUCUACAGUAGACCCUGUACUACUCCUACACCCUGGAACUUCUACAGUAGACCCUGUACUACUCCUACACCCUAGAUCCCCUACAGUAGACCCUGUACUACUCCUACACCCUAGAUCCUCUACAGUAGACCCUGUACUACUCCUACACCCUGGAGCCCCUAGCCUAGAGUAGAGCCCCUCCAUCAACUACUGUAAGCCAACAAUACUCAGCUAGAGUAGCUAGACCUCCUCCUCCAUUGUCUGACCCCUCAUCUGUUACAUGGCUUUCUCAUUCCAAAUCAAAUCAAAUCAAACCUUAUUGAAGCCAGCAGCCGCCAUAUUGGUUCUCCUCAUAAAGAGCAGUCCUCCAUAGGAUGUCACGGACAAAAUUACAUGUAUUUCAGUCUUUCAUUGUUGUAGUGGGGACAGUAACAUUGGUAUUCUCUAAAAAGUAGACUUUUUUAUACUUUAAAAGUAUGCAUUAAGGCAUUUAUCAUAGAAUAUAUUUGGCAAAAACAAAUGUUGACAAUAAUAAAUCCAUUUCUAUAUAUUCCCAAAUAGUUUUUACAAUGGUGUAGGAGUUGAAUGGUGAAGGAGUUGAAUGGUGAAUGAGUUCAAUGGUGAAGGAGUUGAAUGGUGAAUGAGUUGAAUGGUGAAUGAGUUCAAUGGUGAAGGAGUUGAAUGGUGAAUGAGUUCAAUGGUGAAGGAGUUGAAUGGUGAAUGAGUUCAAUGGUGAAGGAGUUGAAUGGUGAAUGAGUUCAAUGGUGAAGGAGUUCAAUGGCUGCGCACUGACUUCCAAACAGUGGCCAAUAUUAGUCAUCUAGGGUUUUAUACACAUUAUUGAUUCCUUACACCCUCAACUAGAGUGGACGCCUGCUCUCACCAACAACAACAUCCGGCCCCCAUCUAACCCCUCUCCUCUGGAUUCUGGAUUUCUCGUUCUCCUAAAACUGAGCUGAAAAACAGUCCUCCCCCUGACCUCAUCCUCAGGCUCAUCAUAACAGACUAGAUUCUAGAACAUUGAGCAGUACAAAACUCCACCUCCCCCCUACAGAUAGUGUAUUGUAAUUAGUGUCUACACAUUUACCUUAUAACUGCAGUAGUGAAUGAGUUAACCUCUGUCACUCACUGGUGUCUGGACUGCUGUCACUGUGUCUGGACUGCUGUCACUGUGUCUGGACUGCUGUCACUGUGUCUGGACUGCUGUCACUGUGUCUGGCCUGCUCUGGUCCGCACUUUAGUAUGACAUCAAUGAAUACAAAUCUUGUUUCCCUGCACAAUGGUCUCAGUCUGGCUCUCUCUAGUUCUUCACUGAAAUACUAAAUUACCAUAUUCAUGUUAUAGAAAUAACAGCUAGCCUACAAUUUGACAAUGAGGCUUACAUCUUUUCAAUCAUAGUCUAU